GGAAGCUAAGCUAUAGGACGUAGACCAGCUCGUCCCGUAGAAAGGCUUCACAUCUCAAGAACAUCCGGGGAUAUAGAACAUCUGAGGAAACAGAAACAGAAAUUCCAGGGGAAAAGUCCCAAAAGCUCUAACUGAGAGCUUACAGCCUCUCAGCCUCACAGCUCCUGAGGAAAACAGCCUUAAGUUUCUAAAGACUCAAAGAGAGAACAGCAUCACAGAUCCACGGAACCCCAGCUGAAACAUCUGCGAGCCUUGGCUGAAUUUUCUUCAACGGCCCCGUGUUGCAACUUCCCAAGGAGAAUCCUACAAAUAUGGGAAGCAAACCUUCCUGUGCCAACAUCUGAGGGACUUUCUAAUUGGCAGCGGUGAGGCUCUGGGCUUUGUUCUCCGAACAUCAAUCCUUUUGCAAAGCGAACCAUGAAGGUUACUCACCUGUUCUUGCUGGCUGUGGCUUUGCUGUGCCUGGUUUCUUCAGGUGCAGGAUUUGCCAACAGACCUCGUACUCGACGGGAGUGUUAUCAAGCCAAUGGAGGUUGCCGGUAUCGCAGGUGUAGCUUUCCCAUGAUGGAAAAAGGACGAUGUAACAGUCGCAAGAGAUGCUGUGUCAGGCAAGACAAUGACAGAAAUAGGGGGGAAAGCGAAACCUGGAAUCUCUGGGAUCCUUUGAAACAUUAGAGCUUCUCUGCGUACCCACAGCGGCUGGAUCCUGAGGCCCUUUCUGCUUUUUAUCUGCACCCAACAACGUCAUCCACUCCACCUCUCCAUUUGGCUUGUUAGCAAAGAACGCAAAGCCAUGCUUGCAUCCUUCAUGGUGAUUUCUGUCCUUGCUUUUUCCUUGCAAUUAAAGCACAUUUUGAAAAUUAAAA